AUGGCGGGGGCCGGGGGUCCCUUGCGACUCCGCGACUGGCUGGUGGCACAGAUCGAGAGCGGGCGCUACGCGGGGUUGCGCUGGGAGGACGCAGGCAAGACCCUCUUCCGCAUCCCCUGGAAGCACGCGGCCCAGCAGGGCUACCGGGCGCAGCAGGACGCGGCACUCUUCAGGGCUUGGGCCAUAUACAAGGGCAAGCACCUAGAGGGCAUUGACAAGGAGGACCCUCCAACCUGGAAGACCCGGCUCCGCUGUGCCCUCAACAAGAGCGCCGACUUCUGUGAGGUGCGCGAGCGCAGCCAGCUGGAUGUCUCCAACCCCUACAAAGUCUACCGGAUUGUGUCCAACGGUGCCCAUUGUCCAGUUGCCAGGGCUUGUGCUCCCCCUGAAAAGAAGAACAUUCUUCAGAGUCAGCAGGAGUCCCCCAGAGAAGUGACAGAGCCGGCCUGCAGGACAGACCAGGACAGCUCCAGAUCAACCACAGAGGAUAAGAACGAGGAGCAACCCCCCAGGCUGGCCCAGCGGGCCUCUCUGCCAUCAGCUGCCCAGCUCACAGGCCCUCUGGCUGACCACAGGUACCAGGUGCAGGAACCUGCAUACCACUGGAGCCCCUUGCCCUCCUCUGAGGAUUUCAGCAACCCUGACUGCUGGCUGCACGUGCGGCUGUUCUACGGCGCGGAGCUGGUGCAGGAAACCACCGCGCGCACCGCGGAGGGCUGUCGCCUGAGCCCUCGGGCAGUCACCGCGGCCGAGCACCUGCUGGGGCCGCCGCCGCGCGUCGCGCAGGUCCGCUUCCCGGAGCCGCCGCCCGGCGCCCGCGUGCUGCGGCACUUGCUACGGCACCUGGAGCGGGGCGUGCUGCUGUGGGUGGCCCCCGAGGGCGUGUUCGCCAAGCGCCUGUGCCGGGGCCGCGUGUACUGGCGCGGCCCGCUCGCCCCGCACCGCGCGCAGCCCAACAAGCUGGAGCGCGAGCGCACCUGCCAGCUGCUAGACACGCGCCGCUUCCUCGAGGAAUUGCGAGCCCACCUGCAGGAUGGUGGCCAGGAGCCCGAGUACCAAAUCCAUCUGUGCUUUGGUGAGGAGUACCCAGGGCCCCCAGACCAGCCGGAGGAGCGGCUCAUCAUGGCCCACGUGGAGCCAGUCUUCGCCCGCCAGCUCUUCCUGGACUCCAAGCACCACUAUCGUGGUACCCCAGCCAUGGCAAGUCCCCAGCUCAGCAUGUCCGAUGGUGUCACUCACCUGCUUACGGCGCAGCUGAAUCAGCAAUAAAGGAUCACUUCCUCCUCUCCUACCAUCUGAAGUCAGCCCUCCCACCCCGGGUGUGGAUCCCACCCCAGAGCUGCCCAACUGCCAGUGGACUUGAGGCCACCCCCCCACACCCAUCAGCCAGGUCUGUGGGGACAGCGGAAGCAGAUCUGUGCCCUUCAACCUCUCAGCCGCAGAGGCAGAGACGCAGCCCUGGAACAAGGCGCGUAGGCGGACAGCAUGCAGCUGGGCCUGGGAAGUCAGGAGGAAACCAAACUCAACCUUGAGGUUCCAGAAACAGCAAUUAGGGCAGAAACAAAACUUCAUUUCUUGUUGGGAGCCCAACAAGUCUGAGAUGGUAUACUUGAGAGCCUGCUUUACCUCCAACUGAUUCAUUAUAAGGUUUGCUUAAAGCUGGUUUUACAGAUAAUUAGAUCCUCAGGGAUCAGAGUGAAACCACAUAGUAACAGAAUUGCCUGCCUCUGAGGGGCUCUGAGUUUCCAGACCCUUCCUCCCACCUGUCACUAGUCUCCAUUCUUAUACGGCCAGGGAGGGGAUCCCACAGCAGAAAACUUGGCCUGAACCGGGGUCUUUGGGGGCUGACAGCUGAACCACCAGCGCCAGUAGAUACUGUGUUUAGAGAAACUGAGGCAAACCCCCAAACACAGCCCUAAGGCAGAAGCGAAAGCAGGAAGCGGGGGUCCAGGCCGUCCCUAAACCCCAGUGAACUUUGCAAACUGCAAGUUGUAGGGAGUCCUUGAAAAUUGGGAGGGAGCCCCUUCAAUCAUGAAGGCAAUUGACCCUGCCUUGGCAGUAAACUUACUGUUUCCUGCCCUGGAUAUCAGACCUUGUUCCCUCUUCUGAUUUCUGACUUUCUUUAUAGGGAUUCUCCUACAGAUGGCAACAUAAUAAAUCUCUUAGUGAUAGAUUAA